AUGUGGGCGGGCGAGAAUUCAGGGAUCCUCUUCAUCACGACUGUGCUCAGUCAUGUGGCGUUGCUUCCAACGAUCCACUUUUUUUACAGGCGCAAAUACAUCUUCGAGUUGUGCUGUGCGAGCUUCGGCUUCCUCGCAUCCUUCAUGUACCACACAACGGAGAGCUUCGGUACGUCUAUCUUCCUUACUGAGGUAGCGUGGCACCGCCUCGACAACGUUGGCGUCAUCUCGAUACUGGGAAUCUGGUACGUGUAUCUGUGCUGCUUUCAGAACCCCUAUGUGGACAUAAGCUGCAAGUGUUUCUGCAUCUUUUUCACCCUUGUGGUGCAGCAGAAAAACCCAUGGGACGUGCGGUUCACCGUAUCACCAAUUCUGUUCUUCACUCUAUUUCCCGUCGUGAAGCACUGCCUCUUCGAGCAACGCCUCCCCCUGUUUAGUGCCCGGCAUCUGGGCUGUGGUGUCUUUCUUUUCUUUUUUGCUGCUAUCUUUUUCUUCCUCGGGCUUAACAAGCACGCGGACCGGUACCGCAUGUACCACGGCGCAUGGCAUUUUUUCGGAGGCCUGUCCUCCUUCUUUUUGUGGGAAAUGGUCAAGACUCCUGGAUGCACAGGCAGCUACGGCAUCCAGCGUCGCGACUGCCCCCUGCGUGGGGACACCAUGGUGUAG